AUGUGUAUGCAGUUAAAUGAUGCAAUGUUAAAAGCGAUUCCGCACCCCGAGAUGAAGUUAGUUGCUAAAGAUUCCUUGGAUUGUUCAAAAUGUAUGAUAACGAAAGCUCGGGCGUGUUUACAAAAAUAUGAAGAUGAUGCGUCGAUGACUGCUGGACUGGAAGAAACUAUAAUUAUUAAAGAGGGAGCUAAAGUAAUGCUUAGGAGAAAUAUUGAUGUUAGUUUAGGUUUAGUGAAUGGAUCGAUAGGCGUUGUACAAAAAGUGAGGUGGGACCCGGAAGACCGAACAAAGCCUAAACAAUUGGUAGUCAAAUUCGCUAAUAAUUUGAUUCACGAAUUAUUGCCUAUUAAGUCAAAAUUUGAGAUCAUACCCCGGGCAUACGUGUACAGAGAACAAUUCCCAAUCUGUGUGGCGUAUGCCCUAACAAUUCACAAGAGCCAAGGUCUAAGUCUAAAAAAUGCCCUCAUGGACAUUGGCACCUCCAUAUUCACUUGUGGCCAAGCCUACGUGGCGCUUUCACGAGUAACCAAUCUUCAUGGGGUGCACCUCAUAAAUGUUGACUUCAAGAGUAUAAAAGCUCAAGCUUCAGCAAUCACCGAAUACAACCGGCUUAGGCGUAAAUACCGCGCCGAUCUUUCAGAAAUUAAACCAUCUAAACCGUCUAAAAGUAUAAAUAAUGAACGCGAAUGGGCAAUACGAAAAACUGUUGCUACUGUACAAGAAUUAGAACCGGAAAAAAAGAAAAGAAAGAAUUGUAAUAAUAAAAAAACUACACCUAAAAAGAAAAAAAAAUGUGUCAAAUAA